CUAGGAAAAUUUGUAAACCACAAAGGACGCAAUCGUCAUUUCACUAAUCCUGAAGAAUUGGAAGAGCAACGGCGUCAAGACGAGGCACGAAAAAAGUGGAGACAAAACAAAGAGCACAGUGAUGAAUCUAGUGAUGACGACGAGGAUCCUAAAGCCAGCAGCGCUACAUCGAAAAAUCCUGAUGCUUCGUCCGAAGACAGUGACAGUGAAUCCGAUGGUGAUUCAGAGGGCGAAGGAAAAGCUAAAGGAGUGGAAAAUUUAAUUGAAGUGGAAAAUCCAAAUAGGGUACAAAAGAAAACCAAAAAAUUAUCAAAACUAAAUGAGACACUAGGUGAAUCUACAAAGCCCGAACUCUCACGAAGAGAGAGGGAACAAAUAGAAAAACAGCGGGCAUAUGCAAAUUAUCAAAAGCUACAUGCUGCAGGUAAAACUGAUGAAGCACGGGCUGAUUUAGCACGUUUAGCCAUAAUUAAACAACAAAGAGAAGAUGCCGCAAAACGAAGAGAAGAUGAGAAAAAGCAAAAGGAGUUAGCAGCCCAAAAGAAAACCGAUUUGACGCAAAAAGCACUGGGAAAACGAUCUUAA